AAUCGUCUGUCAAAACUGUCAUUUCCCGAAAUAAAUACAAGUUUAGAAUUUUCAUAUUUUCUUUUAACUAUGCCAGAUCUACGGAAAAAGUUACUUAAAAGGUCUUACGGUGGGCCACGUACAAUGGACUUGACAGCAGCCGCUGAUUAUGUCAAACGACAUAUCCAAGAAUCCAGUUACACAGUCAAACAAUACAAUUUAAUAGUUUCGACCCUCAAUUUUUGGGACGGAAUAACGCCGGAGAAUGUAUCGUCUUCGGACGAAGAUAGUGGCAAAUCAAGUCCGGAAGAUGAUCAAGAGACUGUCAGCGCUGGCUUGGAGGCCCUGGCAGCAAGAGCGCAUGCAUCAAUUUUAAAUCUAUCUGCAUGUCCCGAUUUUCAGCAAAAAGAAAGAGUACACUCAAUCUUUGGAUUUGCUGGUUGCAUCAUGAAGCAUUAUGACCGUUUCGUACGGUAAAUAUUUUGAUUUAACAAAAUUUUAGUGCAUUGUUGGUUGACCGGUUUUGUGGACUCAACAUUUUGAUCGUCUAGAUUCACAUUAAUUUUUCCUGUAAAAUAAUAAUGAAUUCCGUUGAAAUGUCAAAAUCUAAUUGAAAUAUUGAAACAGUUUUGUUAACAUAUAUAUAAAGCUAAUUUAAAUAAUAAUUGGUCGUCCGCAUGUGUAAAUUAUUUCUGUUUUGU